UUUUGUUUUCUACAUUUCUGCAGGUUUUUGAAGCCUUUAUUUUGCUGGAACCUAUUCUGUUAAUCCGUGAAACGGAACCGUGGGCUGUGACGGUUUCCCGUGGGGGGAUCGCGACGAAGAAGUGGGCGAAAUAUUGACGGUUUCACGGAAGUUUUAUGUAAGCAGCCAUCAUCCGUCGUCGUACGGGAAAUGAAAUUUUAAUCGAAGAGGAGUCUUCAGAGUGGCCAGAGUCAGUGUCUUGGGGGGCGUGUGUGCGUGUGAACCGCGAAAGGAAGCAAAGAAAAGCUGGGAAAAAACGGUGCGCAACUGCGGCUGUAUUGGUGCAGGCCGUCGUCCACUGGAGAGGCAGGCAUCGACGUCGUUCGACGUCCGAAAGUGCCCACGGAACAGAGGCCUCGGAAAGUUUCCACCCCAGAAGUUUGUGCUACGCGUGAAAACGGUUCUUCAGAGCCUAUCCCGUCCCGUGUGUUGUUGACUCGCCGCAAAGUGCCCCGCCGUGCUCCGAAUCGGCGUUGAAACCGCGACGACCUCGAAACCAUUUUGUUUCGAGUUCGAGUUUGUGCGAAGAGUAGCAGAAGGGUUGUUCGGGGAUUCGGAUUAGGAGCCAGCAGCGGAAUCAACAUAGACAUCGACGACGGCAGCAGCCUCAGCAGCAGCGCCGAGAUGAUGAAAAUGGAGACCGAUAAAAUUAUGGACGAAUCGACGACCAACAACAGCAGCAGCCCACAGUUCACCACCUCGAUACUGUACGACCCGGCGCGGAAAAAAGAACCGUCACAGUCGUUCCAGACCGAGCGCGACGCCUGUCUCUCCUACUUCACCAAAUGGAACGAGUCGGACCAGGUGGACUUUGUCGAGCAGCUUCUGUCCCGCAUGUGCCAUUACCAGCACGGCCACAUCAACGCAUACCUGAAACCGAUGCUGCAGCGAGACUUCAUCACCCUGUUACCUACAAAAGGUCUGGACCACGUGGCGGAAAACAUUCUCUCCUACCUGGACGCGAAAUCGCUGUGCCGAGCCGAGCGCGUCUGCAAAGAAUGGAGCCGCGUCAUAUCCGAGGGCAUGCUGUGGAAGAAGCUGAUCGAGCGAAACGUCCGCACCGACUCGCUGUGGCGGGGGCUGGCCGAGCGGAAAGGAUGGAUCAAAUACCUGUUCAUACCGCGACCGGGCGUGACGCAUCGACCGCACAAGUUCUACCGCGAGCUGUUCCCCAAGAUCAUGAAGGACAUCGAAGCGAUCGAGAACAACUGGCGCACCGGAAAUCACAACCUGCAGCGGAUAAACUGCCGGUCGGAGAACUCGAAAGGCGUUUACUGCUUGCAGUACGACGACGACAAGAUCGUGUCCGGCCUGCGGGACAACACCAUCAAAAUCUGGGACCGCAACUCGCUCCAGUGCUGCAAGAUCCUCACCGGUCACACCGGUUCGGUUCUUUGCCUGCAGUACGACGACAAGGUGAUCAUCAGCGGUUCCAGUGACUCGACGGUACGCGUGUGGGAUGUCAACACCGGUGACAUGGUGAACACGCUCAUACAUCACUGCGAAGCUGUGCUGCAUUUACGCUUCAACAACGGCAUGAUGGUGACCUGCUCCAAGGACCGCUCGAUCGCCGUGUGGGACAUGACAUCGCCGACGGAGAUCGCGCUGCGGCGGGUACUGGUCGGCCACCGGGCGGCCGUCAACGUGGUGGACUUUGACGAGAAGUACAUCGUGUCGGCGUCCGGCGACCGCACGAUCAAGGUGUGGAACACCUCGACGUGCGAGUUUGUGCGAACCCUGAAUGGGCACAAGCGGGGCAUCGCGUGCCUCCAGUACCGGGACCGGCUGGUCGUGAGCGGCAGCUCGGACAAUUCUAUAAGACUUUGGGACAUCGAGUGCGGUACCUGUUUGCGAAUCCUCGAGGGCCACGAAGAGCUCGUCCGCUGCAUCCGGUUCGACUCGAAGCGCAUCGUGAGCGGAGCGUACGACGGCAAGAUCAAGGUGUGGGACCUGCAAGCUGCCUUAGACAUCCGGGCGCAGACGAACACGCUCUGCCUCAAGACACUGGUGGAGCACACGGGGCGCGUCUUCCGGCUGCAAUUCGACGAGUUCCAGAUCGUAAGCAGCUCCCACGACGACACCAUUCUGAUAUGGGAUUUCCUGAACUGCUCCCAGAAGGAGGAAUCGGCCACGCCCCAGGCGCUGGUCCAGGUGGGCCGGAGUCCAUCACCUGAUCUCACGUAGAAAAACAAUACAUGGGGACACACACACACACAGUGCAGGGGUCACGAGAAAAAGUGUUGAGUUGAGAUGAUGCAAAAAGGAGAAGAGUAAAACAUUUAACAAUAGAACCUAUAUUUGAGAUAUUAUUGAAAAAUAAAGAAAGAAAAAAACAAUAGAACAUCUAUAUCUAUUACAGAAGAACAACUGAAAUAAAUUGUGAAAAACAGCAGGUUAGUAGAAAGAUACUUGUAGCAGCACAGAGAAAAAGGAAAGGGAAACUAUUACAUUUUAAAGGGUCUUUCGUCGUGGUUUGCCGUUGGAUGGAUGUUUGCGUGAGGGUGUCUCUUUGUUUUGAGGUCGUAAAUUGUUGUCGUCGUCCCCGCCCCCCUUUCAAGGAGAAGGAGCACGAAGAGAGAGGGAAAUCCGUUUUGACCACUUCUACUAUCCAAGCAAAAAAAAACGCGUUUAUCUCAAGACCACACUGAUUCGCAACAUUAAACUUCUUGAUUUUUUAAAAACUUGAGAGGUGCAAAAAAGGUCGUUUAGGCGCUUGUUUGGAAAUUAAUUUUCGUCUGUUUUUUUUUGUUUCGUUUAGUCGCUUUUAAAACAUUAAACUCUAUAUAUUAUACAAGUGCACGGACGUGGGCUUCAGCUAGCCGGAAAUAGGCUGCACGCGCUCUAUUUUGGUUGAUUAGGUGCGAUGUGAAUGUGAGUGAGUGUUGUGCGUUGUGCGAGGAAGUUAGGUAAAUUUUAAAACACUGUUUAGUAAUAGCUACAUGAAUGAAGAACGAAGACAAGGACUUGUAUGUGUGAAACUGUGAGACGUGUUGCGAGUGUUUGUGAUAUCGGAGUAUUGGCAAAUAAUGGAAAACCGCUGUUGUUUAUUAGUAAUACCAAUAAUUUAUGAUGCUCUUAAAGGGGCAGUAAUUAAAAUUUAAUUCGACACAUUAGGAGUAACAAAAUAAAAAAAAGCAAAUCUGUAAAAUUGUGUAGAAUUCUCCCC